AAGGGAUAAGUAGGAGGAACCAUGCUGAAAGUGCAGAUAAACCCAAUUGAAGAGCUCAUCACUCUAAAUGAAAAUAUAAGUAGAGAAAAUCCUGUUUCACUGCGUGUCUUUUUUGUUGUUGUUGUUUCGAUUACUGUGCGCCUUGACACGGAGUGCAAAGGUCGAUUAAAGACUCCCCCCAGUGCUGAAAGGAGGCGAUAGUUGUUACAAAAUAUUCAAGGUUGAAGCUGAUGUUCUAUUGAGGGGCCAGCAAAAUGAAUUUCCUCCUGGAAACCCUUCAGUUGAUUGUAAUGUCCAUUUAUUACAACAUAGAGGCGUUUGUCAGACUGUUCAUCCCAUUUAAGAAGAAAAAUGUCACCGGGGAAAUCGUCCUGAUCACGGGGGCGGGCAGCGGCAUUGGCCGGCUCAUGGCAGAAAAGUUUGCCAGCCUGGGCGUCUCUCUGGUUCUGUGGGAUGUCAACCAGGAGGGCAUGAAGGAGACUGCAAGACUAGUGAAGGAGAAAGGGGCAACUAGGGUCCACUACUACCUGUGUGACUGCAGUGACAAGUCUAAAGUCUACAGAGUGGCUGACCAGGUCAAGAGAGAGGUGGGGGAUGUGAGCAUUCUCAUAAACAACGCUGGCAUCGUCACAGGCAGGAAUUUCAUGGACGCACCAGACUCCCUCAUUGAGAAAACCAUUGAAGUAAACACCAUGGCACACUUUUGGACUUAUAAAGCCUUCCUCCCAGCGAUGACUGCCAACAACCAUGGUCAUCUGGUCAGUGUUGCUAGCACAGCGGGUCUGAUUGGUGUCAAUGGACUAGCAGAUUACUGUGCCAGCAAGUUUGCUGCUAUUGGCUUUGCUGAGUCUGUGGCUCUGGAGCUGCUGGCAACGGGGAAGGAUGGUGUCAAGACUACCAUUGUGUGUCCACACUUCAUGAACACUGGCAUGUUCGAUGGCUGCAAUUCUAAGUGGCCUCUCUUGGUGCCUGUCCUGGAUCCAGACUAUGUAGCAAAGAAGAUCAUUGAAGCCAUUUUAACUGACCAGGUCUACCUUCUGCUCCCAAAGAGCAUGUAUAUUCUCAUGGGCAUGAAGAAGAUUUUACCCUUUAAGACUGGGAAUCUGCUGGGGAUGUACUUGGGAGCGUUCAACUUUAUGGAUGCCUUCAAAGGACGCGUCAAGAAAGAGGCGUAGUGAAGAAGACGAGAGCAACCACACAUACUAAGUACAUUUAGUCUCAGACUCAAAGGUGAUUAAUACGGGCUAUCGUGUUUGUUUUUUUCCCCUUAAAUAUUUCAUUAUUAUACAACUAAUUUUGUGACAAAGCCUACGUACUAGUUUACAUCGGCAGACGAGGGAUACGUGUAGGCUAUAUAAGGUAAUAAAAUACUGCUAAAUAUGUAACGAAUGUAUGACCUCAAUAUGUAUUUUCAUAGCAUCAACACAAGUAGACUUGAGUGUGCUUUUUGGAUCGACACACUCUAUAUGAAAUGUUUUCACGAGUUAUAGUCACUUCAUGAAGUUCACGCUGUGUAUGUUAGCUCCUUACACUGACACAGGCUCAAUAGCAAAAUGUGGUUCCUUUUUCACUAUCAUUCAGUGGAUACUGCCCCCCCCCCAACACACACACACACUUUAUAAUGCUUCCCUUUUUUGGCCUGAAGCAAUAUUGGAAGGGUUUGUAUUGUCGAUGCACUUUUUUUUUUUUCUUUAUACACCCAUUGUUGGGUAUUACGUAAUUGUUCACAUGGGUGUUGUAGAACAUAUUGUGCAUGUACUAAUCUAACAGCCAAGUAGAGAAACUCAGGAAAAAGUGUCAUGUAAGGGAUCAUUAUCUGUGUACUGGAUUAGUUUGUCUACAGUAUCGCCAAUAGGAAUGUUAUGAUAAAUUAUAGUAUGUACCAAACACUCAUUUUCCAAACUGUUAUUCUCUUAACUGGACGACCUACCCUUUUUUUUAUAUUUGAAUUUACUGACAGAUAUUUAUUUAUUGCUUAAUCAUGUACAAUGUUUUACUUUGACAUUGAAGAUGAGAUGACUGCAUGAUUUAACUCAUUUUAUUUAAAUUCUGUCAUGUUUACAUUUUAAUAAUCACAAUAGCAUUGUUUACAUGUAACAAUGUUGGUAUUUGAAUAAGUACUUUUAAGAGUAAAGGUACUUAUUUAGGUUUGCUCUUGAAAAAUAAAGUUAGACAUUUGUCUUAUCAGGA